ACUGCGCCUGCGUGGUGGAUUCGCACCAUGGCAUUAAGGUUGUGUUGAUAAAAGAAAGUCAAUGUAAAUAUCAAAGUCCGAGUGGAAUUCAUUAUACUGUGCGCUGUACCAUCUAUAACCUUAACGACAAAAUGUCGUUUUGUUCUUUUUUCGGGAAGGAAGUGUACAAAGACCAUUUUAAUCGAGGAAUAUAUGUUUGCUCCCAGUGUGCAAACCCACUAUUUUCAAGUAGAUCUAAAUAUGCACACUCCUCGCCUUGGCCAGCCUUCACAGAAACCAUACACGAGGACAGUGUAACUAAAGUGAUGGAGAAACUCACAGCUUAUAAGGUUCUGUGUGGCAAGUGUGGCAAUGGACUAGGCCAUGAGUUUCUGAAUGAUGGUCCAGAGGAAGGAAUGUCAAGAUUUUGAAUUUUUAGCCACUCACUGAAGUUUGUCCCAAAAGACGAGGUUGACAAGCACUAAAGUGAGGAUGGUGGUCAGUGAACCAUGUUCUGUAGCUGCUGUUGUAUGCGCAUUAAGGGGAUGCUCAUUUAAUGAAGUGGACAGGGGAAAAAUCCACCCGGAGGCCCUGUUCACAGAUGUAUUAUGGUCACCCUACUCUGUACCUCACUGUGAAACAGUUAAAAUAAUACUUUACAUAUGCACAAUAUUAUAGAAACAAAUACUUCCUCAUGAAUCAUAGUAUUUAAUAUUCUUCACUAAUCCAGAUUAUAUGGGUUAGCAUGUAUCCUCAGCCUAUGAUUCUCAAACUGGGAUCUGUGAUGUAUGGAUGUAAUUUAUUACUAUUUUUAAGAGAUCAGCUUCUAUUAAUGUUGUUAAUAUUAAUUUACAUCUUCAGUUUAUUAACUGGUUAUAUGAAACAAAUGGGGUUAAUCUAAAGCACAUCAAUGUUUAGGCAACUAGGAAAAAUAUGUCGGUCAAUUCAAAUACAACAUUGCAUCUGCUUUUGUAUGGAAUCUGCAGGAACAUUUAGGAUUCAAUAAAUAUGUAUAAUGUAUCUUACUAAUAUGUGAAUAAUUCAACUGUUUUUAAAAUAAAUCUCUUCUAUUAA